AUGUGGCACGGGAAGCGCGCAGAGGUCGAGGAAAUUGGCCGAUUGCUUCGAGGCUGGGACGUUGAAACUUCGAGAUGCAGGGAGGAUCUGACACCCCCAAGGACUGGCGUCAGCGCUCACACCAGGCGACAACCAGGCCCCUCUGCAAGGCAACAAGAAUGUUGUGGACUAGAUGGGAAGGCUGCUGUCUGCCAACAGAAGAAGCGCCAGAUCAAGCUGGUCGUGUAUGUCAAAGAUGUCACACGUCGUGCCAAGCGCUUAAGAGUUGAUCGCCGUGUUGGCCCAGCGCCAAGAAAGGGGGUCAAUUCGACGCGCCCUGACGAUCAAAGUAUAGCAAAGGGGGACCAAUCAGGCCGACCCGGUGAUGCGAGACUGGUGCGCAAGAACUCAAGGGGAGACACGGCCAAGAGUGGCCAGUAA